GAGGUUAAAGUAUUUUAAUUGCAUUUUUUUUGCAACUGCUUCUGUGUUUUUUACUUUAAUAGUCCUGUCAUUACACAUUUGUUCGUUUUGGUGAGCUCAACAACAAUAAAAUCGUAUUUUAUUCUAUUGUUAUACCUGUAUUUAAAAUCCUAUCAAUGCAUUUGAAAGUGAGCGGGUUGUUUUGAAUUGUUCUUGGUUGGUUUUGGAUACGGUUCACAGAUUCUGGCUUGAACUCAACCAAAAAUUUAAACCAAACAAAAAUGUUUAUUCUUUUAAGGAGAUAAACUGAUUGAAUGAAUGGAGUCUGACCUUUUUACACCAGAUUUGAGGGCCUGUACAGUCCAAGUAAACCAGACAACCUGCUUGUUGAACUAUUUUAGGCUCCAGCUUUACCUUCAGCCAAACACUGGACUCCUGAUCCCUAGUGAACCGUGUCACCAUGCCAACUCCCACGAUCCUCACAGCAACCAGGAGUCCUCUGAGAAGUUGCUAGGUUUACAACUGUGAGUCCACAUAAAGAGGAUCCCCUCCAGUGUUGAGAGAGAGAGAGAGAGAGACCAGGAGGCAGAGAUGGUUUGCCAGUGUGGUGCCCUGCUGAUUGUCACCUUACUGGUGAAGAUGGGACUUGCGGGUGGAUGUGCGUGUCCAGCAGCCACCAUUUUGUCCCAGUUUCCCUCCGAGGUUCCUGCUGACGUCUGUUGCUUGAACUACUCUGGCUCCGCUUUCAGCCAUGUGCGCUGGUCUGUGUUUACAAAUGAGACAAAUAUAGACACAGUGGAUCUCUCCUUCUGUAAUAUCAGUUCUGUUCACAUGAGUGGCAAAGGCGUGUCUACACUGCAGAAGGUUUACUUAAGUCAUAACAGACUAACAGCGUUGCCAAGGGACUUUCUGGCCAGCCAGCCCAGCCUGACGGAGGUGGAUCUGAGCGGGAACCUGAUUCAGGAGCUUCCUGAUGGCUUCCUUCAGGACUCGUACAGCCUCCAGAAGCUGUAUCUGCAGGGAAACCAGCUACGCUUCAUCCCAGGCUCUCUGCUGCAGAAGCCCAGUCUGCAAACCCUGGAGCUGGAUGGAAACCGUUGGGACUGCUCCUGUUUGUUGCUGCAAGGCCUGGAGGAAGGCAGGAAGGUCAACAGGACCACUAAGCUGCCAGAUCUGGGGAACUUGACCUGCGCCUCUCCACGGCACCUGGCCGGCAGGACUGUGUUUUCGGUGAAGCUUAGUGACGUGUGCCGCCCAGCUGGCCUCACCGCACUCUUCAUCGUGCUCCCUCUUGUCAUCCUGUCCGCCUUGGUGCUCUGCUGGUGCUGUGGGAGGAAGAGGAAAGAAGCACCUGUGAGCACCUCAAAAAAGAGAGCUUCCAGCUGCAACGGCCAGAAGCAUCGCAGCAAGCAGAAAGCUGCAGCCACUGAGCCGAAAAAAGCUGGAAACUGUGGCAACGAGGGGGUCCUGAAGAACCAGCUGCUGCUCCCAGCAUCCACCCUCCUGGGCAGCACCAGGGACAUCUAUGAAGACGUGGAGAUUAAGCUGGACUCGGUGGAGUCUCUUCCCCGAGCAUCCUCGCACUGUUCCAGCUCCACAGAGGAGAAGCAGGGCCCCCAGGAGCCCGAACCGGCCGGCAACACGGACCUGGACUCGGUCAGCGUGACCGAGGUGAUGAAAGACUCAGCUGACAGAGAGAAGGCUUACCUGACCCAGUCCACUGAAUACUACAGCCUGGUGCCGGGUAUCGAACUGGAGGACUCGGACCACGGCGAGUAUGAGAACUUCAGCCUCUCGUGACUCCAUGUGAGAGGAAACAUUUUGGGAAUUAUGUUUUCGUUUUCUUAAAGAGAAUCAUAUGAGAAGAUCUGAAUCGCUCACAUGUUUGUAUGUUAAAAGCCCUUAAAACCAAGACAGUUUCUUUCUUUCUGUUUCUUUAUACAUUGAUAUCUCCACGGUGGCUGAACAGAUUUUUACCAUUCAAACUUCAUUUGUUUGCAAUUUGAACUGUGUAGAUGUCUCUUACAAUGUUAGUUUAUAUCAAGAACAUAGGACCCUGAGAACAUAGGGAUGACCCCAGAAUGAGGAUAGCUGUUUCUCUCUGCUUCCAGUCUUUUUGCUAAGCUAAGCUAAAAAUAAUCUUGGCUCCAGCUCUGUACUUAACUCACAAAGGAGUUGCAUCAAAUCUUCUCAUCUAAUACUCUUAAGUGUAUGUCAUCAAAAUGCCAAGUGAAUCCUUAUAAUGCACUAAAGAGAGACACUGUGUGUGUGUGUUACAGUAAAAGUUAUCUAUUGACACAGAGAGAGUGGUCCGACCACCGUGGUAUCACAAUGUAAGAGGAAGUGAUUUAAUGCGGAGCUUUUCCUGCGGGACCUGAGGAACGCAGCGAUGGUUUGAAAGGGAGGCCCACUUUUUUUUUUAACUCUGGAAAAAACUAAGACAUGUAUUGUAUUUAAUGUUGCACUCCAUGCUAAUGUGCACUCCAUAUGGUUUUCACGUCUUAAACAAAGAAAAGGGCUUGUUUUUAAAUGCUUGCUCAUUCAAGUGAGCUUUUGGAAACUUUCCUUGACCUCACCCAAGUGUAAUUAUCAUAUGCAUUCCUGUUUGACUUGUUACACAUAUUAUACUGCAUGCAGGAUGUUCUGGGCCCGUCACAACCAGAAAUGUAGGUGCUGCACAGUGACUAAUCCCAUUGUAAUGCUUACAGUUCUUUCAUUGUGAAGUGUGGAAUGUAAAGCUUCGGUGAGAAGUCUAAAUGUAUAAAUGUCAUUGUCAAGCAAGAAUGAAAGGCUUGUUUCACGUCGCAUACUGAAAUGUGCAUAUGUGUUGGAGAAUAUAAGGGCAGUCGGAUGCAAAUGCAGGUGGUUUAAGAUCAAAAUCUCUGCAGAGCAUUUCUGUGCAGUGGUGAUACACGACGUAAUGACACUGGAGACACAAAAGACAAACACUGAACAUCAGGGUUGUACGGCAGGAUGUUAUCUAAGAUGUGGAAAACAGACGGACGUCUCACGCCAAUGCUAAUUGGUUUGUGAGACGGAGAGAGAGAGAGUGGGUGCAGCUAUAAGAUGUUUUUUCCAGAAGGUUUUUUUUUUUUUUUAAAUGUAUUUUCCGUCAAAGCUUUAUUCACCAUCAUUGUGAAGAUUACUGACAGAUGACAUGAGUGAAUGUUGCAUUUUGUACACAGAGAAAUAACACAACAUAGCUUUUGUUCACUGAGGUCGUGUCCUCUGUAUUUUUUGUCUUUGUUUAAUUUUAGGCAAAGAAUGUUUUGGCAGCCUGUUGGUGACUUUAUUUGUUCUAGUUCGCCUGGCAAUCCGCACAUAAGCAGUUAAUAGGGGUAACUUUGGCAAAUUUAAGGAUUUAUGGUUUCUAAACUAUGAUUAAGCUCUUAGACUCAAUAUAUUUUAAUUUGGCUACUUCUAGACCAGAAAAUACGACAUAAAUAACACGUUCAUCAUUUGGAUGGAGGUAGGAAUGGAUUUCAUUCUGCUUUUUGCCUUCAUGUUGGCAAAUAAAAUUUACAGAAAGUAUAUUUGAUGACUAACUGACUAAAUAAAAUAUGAAAAAUCCAAAUUUAGAGAUCUGUUCUUGGUUUCUGGUCAAAACGUAUACUGAGCGUGAUGAGUCCCAUCACCUCAGUAUUUCUAAAAUCCUGGUUACGGCCGUGAUUGUGAUUAAGUUUGAAGGGAAAUUAUAUAAAUCCUUAUGGAGUGUUUGAUGGUAAAACUAAAUAACAUAUAGCAGCAGUAAUAAUCUUUCCCUGUUAAAAGAAAAUGGGUAUACUGGUCAGAAAAGCACUGAUUUUCAUCAAUAUGUUUAUACUUGCAGAUCUUGAUUGUU